AUGGACUUCUUCUCAAAUCUGGUGAAAAACACGGCGACCAAGGUGGAGACGCUGACCAAGUCGGCGACGGCGGCGGCCAACUCUGCCGUCAGCUCGCUCAGUCCGACGGGCGCCAAUUCGCCCACUGAAGAGGCGCAAAACGGUGAUCAGCAGCAGCCCGUGGAGGCCACCGCCGAGAAUGGCGCCAUCAUCAAUGACCUCAAUGAAGGAGGCAAAGGCAUGACUCGCUCCGGUUCCGGUGACACAGAGGGUGCCGACGAUGAGGCGGCCAUCGCAGAGGGUGACGCCGACGCCAAGCAGACGUUCAACGCUGCCGAGGUGUCGCAGAAGGCGGUCGAGGGCGCCAAGUACUUUGGCAACUUUCUCUACAGCGUAGGCAACAAAGCGGCGGCCACUGUGUCCGCCACUGCCAAGCAGAUCAAAAGCACCGUUGAGAGUGUGGGCAUCAUGCAGGAGUUCACCAAGGAACAGCAGGAGUUCAUCAAAGAGCACGGCGGCAGCACUGAGCUGAGCGAGCCGCCCUGGGUUGGCUGCGAAGAUGAGGAGAAGGUCAAGACGGAGAUACUGAGUCUGUCGGCGGACAAGCGCAACUUUGUCCGCUCUCCGCCAGGCGGCGUCGAGUUUCCCUUCGACAUGGCCGCCUCAUUUCCGGUGGCGCUGACGUUGCUGCGCGAAGACCCAGAGCUGCCCAAGAUGCGCUACGAAAUUGUCCCUAAACUCGUGAACGAGGAGACCUUCUGGCGAAACUACUUCUACCGAGUGUCACUUAUCAAACAGGACCCGAACUUCACGACGGCUUCAGGGGCCGGCGGUGCUUCAAAAUCUUUUGCCUCAUCUCGCUCCUCAUCGAGCUCGGAGGGCCCCGAUGAUCCGGCGGAGGCAGGCAGAGAUGACAGCGAAUUUGUCAGCGACAGCUACCACGCUGGCCAGUCGGCGGUCAGCGCCGAAGAGGUGCGCCAGGACAUGUACAAGUUGGGCAUUCACAAGAAAAACAGCAGCAAACAACAGCAGCAGUCUGCUGAUGCCGACCUCGACGAAGAGCUGGCCAAGGAUCUGCACGAGUUUGAGGUGGUCUCCGGCGCCGACUCUGGCGUUGUGGGAAAGGUGGACGAGGAUGAGAUAAAUCGCGAGCUUGCCAACUUUGACAUGAAGUAA